AUGGUAUCUCUAGACGAUAAUAGCGGCACUUCUGUUGAGAUGAAGUCCCGAUCCACUAAACAGCUUGCGAUUUUUGACACCCACGACGUGGUCGACUCCCGGCCGCUGGCGGCGGCAGCAGCGGCGGCAGCGUUUGGCGCCGACAUGCCCUCGCUCUGCAGUGACCACGACCUCAGUGACGACGACCUGGCGCUGAUGAUGUCGCUCCGCACCGCCGACCGCCGGCGCUUCCUCCCGAUGUCGCCGUUGACCGGCGAUCCUGGUUCGCCAGGGCUGAUUGGCCUGCGCAACUAUCGCACCGGCCACGAAACCCCGCAGCAGUCGCCCCAGGCGUCGCCUCGCGCGAGUCCGCGGACCGUGUUCAACCUGUUGAACACUCAGAUCGGCGCCCCGGCGCUGGGACUUCUCUUUGGCCCCCACUCCGGCUCUAAGUCGGCGCUCACCCCCGAACAGCACCGGUAUGAACGCCAGAAGUUGAUGGCGGUGAUGGUGAAGUACAUUGCCACGAAGAUCUACAACUCGUUCCCUCCGGAGUCGCCCAAAGUUGACUCUAAAGAAUUACCCUUGGACAAGUUUUUGUUAAUUUUAGUGCUGCGGUUGCGGUUGACGCUCCCCAUCUUCAUGAAGGGGGUGAUCUACUUGUUCCGGUACAUGGACAUUAUCUACUUGCUUCGGUACCUCAAUCAGCUGAACAAUUUCGCCAACUACUGCGCCAUGGACUUUGAGUUGAAGCAGUUGAUUGUCGGGUGCUUUAAGCUCGCGGUCACCCGUGAAAGUAAGUUGAUCCAGCUUAAGCUGGAAAAGUUAGGUCGUCCGUUGCCUAACCCGUACCAGCAUGUAGACUGGGUCAAAGUUUGUGGCUUGCCCCAUGCCACCAUCAACGCUACCGUCAAGACGAUUGUCACCCGUAUGAAUGGCAAGUUGAUGAUUAAAAAUGUCGAGUUGGUCAAGCUCCGGUCGGAGAUGUUGCGGUUUGUCAAGAUGGUGGCGAAAGUCCAGGAUUGA